UUCAUUUCCCGAAAGAAGGCUGGCAUCUAUCCAACCACUUUCUUCAGAAAAGCUAGUUGUCGGAGUUCAGCAUUUUAUUCAUGAGAGAAGACUCUGGCAAUGAAGCAUGAUACCUUGUUCCUCGCUGGCUGUCUCAAGGCACAUACAUCAAGGAGGCGCUCUUUUGCCUGGGAAAACAAAUUUGACUGUGAAGGAGAUCGGCCUUAAAUCUUGAGAUAUGUCUAGGCAAAUGUCCAAACUGCUGCCAGUUGUGCUACUGGAAAUCCAGCUUCAUAUGAUUGCAGCUUUAUUCACAGUCAAAGUUCUUCAGCCACGUUACACUGCGGAGUACGGGGGUGAUGUGAUUAUGGGAUGUCGCUUUCCAGUCCAUUCCCCAUUAAAUUUGAUGGGACUAAGUGUCUCGUGGCAAAGAAAGCUGUCACUGGGGGAUAAAGAAGUCUACAAGCUCAACAAUGGCCAAGAAGACCUCACCCAUCAGGAUUCUGAUUAUCAUGGGAGAGCGUCAUUGUUACGUGAGGAGUUAGACAAAGGACUUUCUUUGCUGUCUAUCACCAACAUAAAGCUCACAGAUGCAGGAGAUUACAUCUGUGUUGUUAAAUACGAGGGAGCAGACUACAAGUACAUUACUUUGGAAGUUGAAGCACCCUACAAAAGAAUCAAUCUACAGGAAAGAAGAGAGGAAGAAGACUUGAUCUUAGCUUGCCAUUCAGAAGGGUACCCACUGGCUGAAGUUUCUUGGCACUAUGAGAGCAAUCUGAAUGCCAGCAUACAUGCAAACACUACAUAUGAAAUGACAAGGGAUGGACUUUUCAACAUAACCAGCAUCCUGAGAGUCAAACCAAGCACGCCUGGAAACUACAGCUGUGCAUUCUGGAAUCAGGAACUGAAUCAGGAGACAUCAGCCCACAAAUCAGUGGUUUUGCAAGAUAAAACACCUCCAGCACAUAACAGGGGGAAAUCUCCCCUCUCAUUCAUCCUACCAAUUUGUCUGCUGGCAUUAUUUUUACUAAUAGCAAUUGCCAUUAAAGUCCAAAGGAGCAAGUCAAGCACAAAGCUGAGUACCCGAAAAGGAAAACGAAGACUAUUCCGACAGUUUUUAAAGAGAGAUUUGGAUCUUCAAACCAAGGAUCUUACUGAGGUGACUGUUACAGACUGAAGAGAUAAAAUGAAGAUGGGAAACUGUUAUUCUGAGCUGCCUGCAAUUUUGCACUUUCCACUUAAUUCCGCUUUUAGAAAUGUAUGAGGAAGCAAUGGUGCUUCAGAGGUAAAUAGAGCUGACACUUCUGGUUUUUGUCAGCGCUGCAGCAUGUGAAUUGCUGAUCGUCUUUGUGCACUUCAGCACUGUCUUUUUAAAAACUGCAGAAAAUUGUGUUGCUGGUCAGCACUUCAAGGGGUUAUCUGAGUACAUCACACACAUUCUGUGACUUUGUGUACCAUUUCUCUGAAUCUCCCUGCCCUUAAUUUCCUCGA